AUGGAUAUGGAGGCACAGUCAGCGGGCUGCCAAGCUGAAGUGGCAGCGCAUGCGAUAUCGGGCACGGAUGUUGUUGGGUUGAGGGCGCGUGCAGACAGCAGCACUGUCAGUGGAAGCAGCUCGAGCAGAGCUGGCCCUUCCACCUCGUCUGUCUCCGCGCCUGCUUCUAUCCUCUCCAUCCCUCCGGCCAUGUUUCUCCCUGGAGAGCCGUGUUCCAACUUCAAUACAAUCCCUGGCGCUUCUGCACACAUGGUUGCUGUUGCUGGCGAUGGCGGUGUGGAGGAGGAAUGCGGACAGGAGGAUUUUGCUCUGGAAGAGGUGGGGACUGGAAGUUUAGGUUUUGUGCCUGCAGAAGAGAUAGUGCAAGAGGACAAGAUAAGGGCGGUGGCAGCAGCAGGAGGGGCUGGAGCAGCAGCAGCAGCCGCAGCAGCAGCAGCAGCAGCAGCAGCAGCAGCAGCAGCAGCAGCAGCAGCAGCAGCAGCAGCAGCAGCAGCAGCAGCAGCAGCAGCAGCAGCAGCAGCAGCAGCAGCAGCAGCAGCAGCAGCAGCAGCAGCAGCCACAGUGGCACAGUCAGCUGCAAAUGGUGCUCGAGGCGGAAUCCAUGCACCUUGA